AAAAACAUAAGAAGAAGAAGAAGAAAUAUGUGGUGACGUAGGUUGCCUUUCUGAUCGACGCGCAUGCGCAACCUCAACACAUGUGAAUCGGACAGCAUGGCGGAGAAACCUGAAACAACGUUAGACCGGGCCCAGGUGAAGAAGGCCGUCCAAGCCUUGCAGGCUUUCCUGAAAACCAAGUCCAGCGGAGAGGCUCUGCUUUUGGACGAGAAGGAGCCGAUCAGCCUCCUGUUCACCUUUUGGAAGGUCCCCAGGAGUACUCAGACAAUACGAAUCCCUUUACCUCAUGGCCAGCGGACCGACACAGAGGAGGUUUGCCUCUUCACCAAAGAUGAGCCCAAAAUGACCCCAGAACAGAGUCAGAGGUUCUAUAAGAAGCUGCUGGAGGAGAGGGGAGUCAAAAAUGUCUCAGAGAUAAUACCACUCACAACCCUGAAGAAAGAAUAUAAACCUUAUGAAGCCAAGCGGCGCCUGCUGGGAAACUUUGACUUGUUCCUCUCUGAUGACCGGAUCCGCCGCCUGCUGCCAUCCCACAUCGGGAAACACUUCUACGAGAGAAAAAAAACUCCGCUCUCUGUAAACCUUCAGAGCAAACAUCUGGCCAGAGACAUCCAGAGGGUCAUCAACGGAACCAGUCUGACGGUCACCAAAAAAGGCUGCUGCUGGUCAGUUCCGCUUUCAUUUUUCCAAUAUUUCCUGAUUCUGCUGCAUUUUAGUCAGAAAGCAAAAAAUCUAGUCAUAGACUGCUACAUUUAGAAGAGUCAUCAGCAC